UCGGAAUCCUCUGUUGUGUUCUAGUCAUGUCUGCUGUUGUCUUCUGAUGUCGUCAUUUGUCUGGUCUGGUAUUGUCUGUGUCUUUGUCACAUAUUUUUAGUUAAUAAAUCCUGUUUAUUUUUACGCUAUCCUGCAGUUGGGUCUAUUUUAUCUCCCCGUCGCUGACAGAAGGAUUCCGCCACUUUAAAACCCAGCAGGAUAGCUUCAGCCCGGACCAGCCUAUUGUGGCAGCAUUUUUUUUUUCUUCUCCUGACUUCAUUUUUCUGCCCUGGAUUUUGUGGUUUUGGUGACAUUGGUCCGCAUUUUUCCGGUGAGGGACACCGCUCCGUUUCCGAUUUUCCGUGGAGGACGCUGCCCCACUUCCUGUCCACGGGGGGUGAUGCAGGCCUGUGUUUUGCCCCAUUGAUUUUUUUUCGUUGAUUUUUUUUCUCUGUGGAGGAAGAUAUUUUUUUUCUGCUCGGCUGUGGACGUCGCUCGGCCCUUCUGCUCGGCUGUGGACGUCGCUCGGCUGUGGACAUCGCUCGGCCCUCUCUGGCUGUGCCGCCGUGUGCAUUGCUACCCCCACCUGCCUAAGCAUGUGCCUUGCUACCCCCACCUGCCUAAGCGUGUGCCUUGCUACCCCCACCUGCCUCGCCAUGUGCCUUGCUUCCCCCCUCCUGGACCUCGUCGGGACUGUCAUUAAGACGGAUUGGAGCCGCACCUCGAGGGGGUGCUGUCAGGACUCGGCCUGGACUUUGGCCAUGUGUAUCUGUUUAUGUUUUGUGUCACAUGUCUGCCCCGCCCUUGUCGCUUCCUCCCCGCCUCUGCACACCUGUUCCUCAUGUGUUAAUUGUUGUCAGUAUUUAGUCGAGCCGCGUUGCCUUACAACGGAAUCCUCUGUUGUGUUCUAGUCAUGUCUGCUGUUGUCUUCUGAUGUCGUCAUUUGUCUGGUCUGGUAUCGUCUGCGUCUUUGUUUCAUGUUUUUUAGUUAAUAAAUCCUGUUUAUUUUUACACUAUCCUGCAGUUGGGUCUAUUUUAGUGUGAAGUCUCAGUCUAACUACACACCGAACUGUUGCUUUGUCUUCUUGUGUUGUUUGCUAUGUUUAUGAUCUGUGUUUUUUGUUUUGUGGCUGAUUCUCCAUUUUGUGAUUUAGAGUUUGCCGUCGUUGUCCUCGUUGCUUUUCAUACUGUACUUUAACUCUCUUUAUUUAAAUAUAUUGUCUUCUGGUAAGGUAAGAUUCUGACUUCUGUGUACUAUCUGCUUAACUCACUUUGUUCUAGAGUUGUGGGAUUUAAAUUUUGUUUUAUUCUAUAGUAUUGUUAAUCUUAUUGUGUUGGUCUUUGCUUAGUUGUUCUCUCAGCUGAUUAAUCAGGAGUAGUUUCAGUCUCCCUUAAGGUGUGAAUUGUGGGCAGGGCUUUAAUCAUUUAAACUGAAGGUUUGUAAGUAUCUUUCUAACCCAUUACAAACGAGUGUUUAGUACUGUUUGAUAUUUUACCACACCACGUUUUAAUUCUCACUCUUGGUUGACUGAAGAUAUUUGCCUCAAACCCAUCUCUGUGCUCAAUUCCUACUGUCGCAGACGCUCUCGUCUACAGAGCAGAAGUCACAAUCCCAGUAAACUCAUCUACCCUCCUCUGUUGUGUAAGUCACAAACAGUGGUGGUAGGUGGGCUCUGGAAUUGCCAGUCUGCAGUAAAGUAAGCUGAUUUUAUCUCUGCUUUAACGUCCCAUUACUCCUUUUGAUUUUCUUGCGUUACCAGAGACCUGGAUAUCCCCACAGAACACUGCUACACCAGCUGCUUUAUCCUCUGCCUAUGCUUUCUCUCACUCACCAUGAGAAACAGGCAGGGGUGGUGGUACAGGUUUAUCGUUGUCAUGGAGAUGGUGUUUCACACCUCUCCUCUUGUCUCAUUUAACCAUCUCCUCUUUUGAAUUCCAUGCCAUUUCAGUCACAUCUCCAAUCAACCUUAUCAUUGUUGUCUACUGCCCUCCUGGUUCCCUAGGUGACUUCCUGGAAGAAAUAUACACACCUAAAGAAAGUGUGAAUGUAUUUACGGCGGUGUGUGUUGAUGCUGCAGUCGCUUCAGCAUGUAAACAGGAAACCCUCACUGAGGCCCUGCACCUCAGGCUGCACCUCGUCUCCUUCACUCAGUGACGUCAGACCUGCUUUAGUUUUAAUCCUCAGUAACUCAGAACAGAAUGAGGUACAGAAACAUGACCCUAUGAGUGAUGACGGAUUUGAUCAAAGUUAAUUAUCUAGAAUUUCUAAAAAUCUGCUGCUGACAGUCACAAAUCUGACGCGAUGAUCAUGUUCUUUUUUUCUCCGAAAUGAUCAUCGCCUCAUUUUAAACUGGUGACGUGGCUUUUUGUUUUCAGUGGAAAAAGUGUCUUAGCCACAAGCCUGAAUUCACGACCUGCAAGGUAACAAAAAAUGUUCCACUGGCUCGGACCAAUCGUGUUACAGAUUCUAUCAACAUCAAAGUCUUCUUCUUGAAACAGUAAACAUCACAGUUUAACCGCAACCAAUCAGCUGCUAGAUAGCAGGUGAUAUUUUCCACUGACGUGGACCAAUCAGAUUAAAGAGCAUGAAAGAGCUUCAGCAGCACGAGCCGCUCAGCACCAGAGUCUGAGAUGGAGACAUCAAGAGUUGCUCUCAUCGCUCUCGUGUGUGUUGUGUUCUCCAGUCAGAAGAGGAUCUCUGGAGCAGAAGUGGAGAUGAGAGUCAGACCAGGAGACGACGUCACUCUCUACUGUGACUGUGUUUGGAAAGUUGGAUUUUAUCCGGUGUGGUUUAGAAACUGCUCAGAAGAAGAUCAUCCUACUGUUAAGAUCUCGAGGAAAGAACUGAUUGCUGGUGAUUUUCCAUGUUAUUCGUUUGUGUUGAACGUUUCCACCAACACGCACAAUCUGCUGAUUAAAAACAUCACAGAAUCAGAUCAGGGCCUGUACUACUGCGCUCUGAGUGAGAAUAUGGUUAUGGACUAUAAAAAUGGUACAAUACGCUUCGGUGACGUUUAUCACUAUGGAAACAGAUCAACUCGACUCUCUGUACUCACAGAACCCUGUCACAGUGUAUCAGAGGAGAGUGUAAGCUGUGUAAGCUGGAGUCUAGUGUUCAGUAUGUGUGUUGUGUGUGUUCUCCUCUCCUCACUCCUCUCCUCCAUCUGUGUGUACUGCGUCUGCACAAACACCACUAAAGUGAGAGUCAAAGCUGAUCUGACAGGAAGUGACAAAAGGACGACUCUGAGACGUGAAGAAGUCGGAGAUGAUGAGGUUUGUUACGCCUCACUGGACACCAAGAAGCUCGAGAGGAAGAAGAUGAAGAGGAAGAAGAGAAUUCAGCACUCUGAUUUCAGCACAUACUCAGAGGUCAGAACUGAGAGAACUGAGAGAUUCUGAGGAGGCGUUAAUGAGUUCUGAACUUCCUGUUACAUCACAGUGUUUUAUUCUGAUCAACUGUUUUUACUUCCUUUAUGACUUUAAUCCUAAUGAGAGAAAUUAAUUUGAGAUUCUUGCUGCUUGUGCUUUAUGGUUUUAUUACUGAUGUCUGAUUCUUUAUUUUUCUUUGUAUUAUAU